AUGGCAGAUCACAGAAAACAGCACCAAGUGGGACCCUGUUUGAAGUGGCUGGAAACCAAGUUCAACAUCACAGAUAGCGACGAUUGUCACGACUACUACCACAGUGUUCGUCAAAGAUCUAAGAACAAAUUUUUCACCAUGAGGAUGACGUCUAAAUUUUACGCCGAUAAGAGAAAGGCCAGUUCCCAGUUAUCAAUAUCCACGACAAGGGAACGAAGCGACGAAGGUGGCGGCGGUGGUGGUGAUGGUAAAUAUGGGGAGAUUAUCACGCUCCCAUCUUAG